GUGGCUGCUUGUGCUAGUGAAUCAUUGCUGACAACUUAUAUAAAAAACUCUUCUGGAAACCUUCAGAAACAAAUAUAUUUCCGCGAUUUUUGAUGAUUCUAACAGGAUGAAUCAAUAUUGUUUUGUGUGUAAUUCGAGAGCCGGAGUUUCUUUACGAAAUGCUGUCAAUAUAUUUGGAGAAAAUAGUUUACAAAGAUCCGGUAAAUCAAUGGUCAAUAUUCUUAGCGAAAUUCUGGGAAAACCAAUCAAGGAGAAAAAUAUUCACUCAAAGAUACUUUGCAACAAAUGUCACAAAACUUGUAUAGAAUAUGAUUCUCUACAAAUCAGAUUGCAAGUAAUAAAAACUUCAAUGUCCACACAAUUCCAGAAAACUUUACCACGACAUAAUCUAGAUUAUGACACUUAUAACGAAGAAACAAGUCCUCAGAAGUUUAGUGGAAAAAAAUUAAUCCUACCCGCGUCUAAACUACAACCCUUACCUUCUGACUUUGUGCUUAAGGGAGGGAAAUUGGGAGCCUCCCCUUUAUCUAAGUUAGCUUCCAAAUUAAAUAAUCCUGAAAUAAGAAUAUUAUCCCCUUCAACGUUAAAUUUAAAAGUGACAGUAGGCUCGUCAGUUCUCACACAGAGUAUAAAAACUGGUAUGUCAAAGCAACGAGGUGUGACGUCAUCCGUCAUGACGCACAACACUGUGACGUCAUCCGUCACGUCAUCCAGUUUCACGCACACGAAGACGAGCCCCGCCUUAAGUUUCUCUUUAGAUGUACCUCCAAAUGAUAUCUUCUCUACGGAAAUUAGUCAAAAUUCACCAAAAAGUGACGAAAAUGGCGCUGACGGAAAUCAACCGAUGGAAAUGGAUGAAGCUUGUUCCUUAGCAGUUAUAACAAAUUCCGGAAAUGACAGGAAAUUGGUCUUCGAAGAUAUUUCUGAUAAGAAUGACGCAGAGAAAUCUAAAUCCUACUUCGAUGUGGAUUUGCUGUCCAGUUUGGAUUCCCCUGUUGGGGAAGAGGAGGGACACGAGGAAGGGGAGGGGAAGUACGUGGUAGGGAAACUUCACAUGAUGCAGGAUGAUGAGCAACCGAGGGCGGGGGCGGUGCUGCGCGUGCUGGGCCAGCAGCUGGUGUGCGGCGCGGGGGACAUCUCCCUGCUGCUGCCCGACAGAGAGGACGUGGAAGGGCAGGAUACACAAGAUUCAAACUCAGAGUCUCAGUUCGAGUUGCACGUGUCAGGUGAUGAGGAGACAGCUAACGCUAUCAUUGCGGCUGCGCAGGAACAGGGCGGUGCGUUCAUAAAAGUGGAGUCAGGCGAGAUGUUCCGCGUGCAGUCUGUGCAGAGCAAGACUGAGGAAGUGUCGGGCGAGGACGACGCCAUGCUCCUAGAUAUAAUCGCUCGGGAAAAUGGACAAUUCAAAUGUUUGAUUUGCCAAAGAAAUGAUUCAGAAGGUGCGCAGUUUGUAGGCUCAGCUGCGGGCAUUGCCCAGCACAUGCGGACUGCGCACGGUGCUCGGAUACACAUCUGCGCACUUUGCGGACUUAUACUACGCAAAAAGGCAGACUACCUGGCGCACCUCGGUAAACACAAAAACCUCGUACAUACGGACAAAAGCAAAUUACACGAGUGUAACGUCUGCCAGAAAAAAUACAACUCUAAAGCAACGUUAGCAGAACACAUGCACACACACACAGGCUCCAAGCCGCACACGUGUUCGCUGUGCGAAAAAAGUUUCGCCUCAAAAUACACCUUGCAGUCGCAUCUCAAGACACAUCUGGAGCGACCGCGGCCGUUCAAAUGCAGUCAAUGCGGCAAGUCCUUCCUCACGCAGCAGAACUUGAACCAGCACGAGAAGACUCACUCCGGAGUUAAAGAGUUCAUCUGUAAAGUCUGUGGUAAAGCUUUCGGUGCAUUACACAACCUGGAGGUGCACGGCGUGGUGCAUUCCGGGAACAAGCCCUUUGUAUGCGGCAUCUGCUCUAAGGGCUUCGCGCGCAGAGCUGAAGUCAGGGACCACAUGAGGAUACAUACCGGUAUGUAUAUACAAUCGGGGAAACACACAGGGACAUUAAGAGUGAGACAGAUUCAUACAAAUAACUACUUAUUAACUCUAUUGUUUGUGAGUUUGCGCAAUGUACGGGAUAAAUUCUCUGCAAAUAGUAUACAUAACGGUAUGUCUAACUGUAAUCGUUCAAAAAUUAGCGAAAUCAUUAAAGAUAACGAGAAACUAUUACAAAACACAAUGGAAUAUAAUGUCAGUUUACUGGACUACCACGUGAAGGCGUCGCACACCGGCGAGCGGCCGCUGCAGUGCGAGGUCUGCCAGGCCUCCUUCGUCUACCCCGAGCACUUCAAGAAGCACAUGCGCAUCCACAGCGGGGAGAAGCCCUACAGUUGUGAGGUGUGCGGGCGUCAGUUCAACACCCGCGACAACCUGAAUACACAUCUCUACGUGCACAGCGACAAGAAGCCCUACGAGUGUGUCGUCUGCUGCGCCGGGUACAUGCGCAAGCAGCAGCUCUACCAUCAUAUGAAGAAUGCUGGUCAUCUCGCAGAAUCGAUAGUAGUCAAUCAGCCGAGGAUAUUAAAAGUGCCGCAAAGUGUGGUGACGUCAGCGGGCACUAUCAUUAUAGACCCGGGCAAGGAGGAGCAAACUUCUAAUAUUAGGAGUUCUGAAAUCUUUGAAGCUCAGGAUAAUAAUGAGAAAUCUAUAGAAAAUUCAACUCUGGAUAUAGCUCAAAAUAAUGAAGUUCAACCGAUGAUUACUUUACAUAAUAUAUCUACGGAGAAAGAAGAUAAUUCCCUCUUAGAGACAGUUUCUGAAGAACAAUUGAAUGGAGAUGAUUCACAAAUAGAGACAAUAGACGCAACAAAUGCAAACGUCACAAGACUCAUACAAUUUCAGUUGCCCGACGGAACGAGCGGUUGGCUCGCUGUGUAACAAUAAAUAAUUGCCUAAUUUUAGUCCUUUUCCCUUUUCACCCUUUUCUUAAGAGGAAAGGAUGGGAAGGAAAAUAGGAUUUGACAGUGAACGAGACGCAUAGGAACGGGAAUGUCUUUUUUAUGUGCGUCUCGUCCUCGUGCGUGGCCGUUUGCUCGUUUGCCACCUUACAUGUAUUAUAAAAAAACACAGCCU